UUUCUUUUCAACUAAAACUUCAAAACACCACACGAGUCGUUCGUUGAACACAUCUUAAAACAAAGGCGACAGUCACAGAGACAAACCAAUACAAGGCGGUUCCUUUUUUUUAUCAUUUCUGUCUUCUUCUGUAGAGAGACGACCCUUAAAGUUCAAACCUUUAAGACUUUUUCUUUCUCCCUUUGGCUUUUGCAACGUUUAUAUCAGACUUCAUCUUUCUCAAAUCUCCAGAAUCGAAGACCCUUCUGCUCUUGAACCUCUCCUGUUGAAGUUGGAUGGUGGAACAAACUGCGAGAGUCAUGUCACUGGUGAGUUCAGCUGAGCCAUCAGCUGCAGCAUAUAAGAACCCGAAGCUUUACUCGCUCAAUGAGAAUGGUUACAACAGUGACGGUGGUGCUUCUGUUGAAAUCUUUGAUCCAGACAGGUCCAAGAACACUUGUCUGACUCAUGAUUCUUACCCAAGCCAAAGCUACUUUCUCGAAUCCCCAACAGAACAACAUCUUGUUGCCUCUGGGGCGGCCUCGGUUAGCUCAUUUGGCUCUUUGGACUCGUUUCCUUAUCAGUCUAGACCGGUUCUUGGAUCCUCCAUGGAGUUUGAUGAUGAACAAAUGAGAUCAAAGAUUCAAGAGCUUGAAAGAGCCCUCCUCAGCGAUGAAGAUGAUAAUUAUAUCAUGGAGGGACUAGAUCACCUGAUGGAGGUUGACAACGAAUGGUCUUACCAAAACCAUUCAAACAAAGACUCCUCAUCUGCAGAUUCCAACUCUCAUUCCAGUAGUAGCAAAGAAGUGGUCUCACAAGCAACAACUCCAAAGCAAAUGCUCAUCUCUUGUGCCCUUGCCUUAUCAGAAGGCAAAUCAGAGGAAGCUUUGUCACUACUAAACGAGCUGAGACAGAUAGUUUCAAUCCAAGGAGACCCUUCUCAGAGAAUAGCAGCUUACAUGGUUGAAGGUCUAGCCGCAAGAAUGGCUGCUUCAGGAAAAUUCCUCUACAGAGCGUUGAGAUGCAAAGAGCCUCCUUCUGAUGAGAGGCUAGCUGCUAUGCAAGUCCUCUUCGAGGUCUGCCCUUGCUUCAAAUUUGGAUACUUAGCUGCUAACGGCGCAAUAGUGGAAUCAAUCAGAGAUGAAAAAGAAGUUCACAUAAUAGAUUUCGAUGUAAACCAAGGAAACCAAUACAUGACGCUGAUCAAAACCAUUGCUGAGCUUCCCGGUAAGGGCCCUCUCAUGAGGCUAACCGGUGUUGAUGACCCUGAAUCAGUACAAAGAUCAGUAGGAGGGUUGAGAAUCAUAGGCCUAAGACUCGAGCAGCUCGCUAAAGACCAUGGAGUCUCCUUCAAGUUCAGAGCAAUAGCGUCAAAGACUUCUUUAAUCGUCUCUCCAUCUGCACUCGGUUGCAAACCAGGAGAGGCUUUGAUCGUCAACUUUGCGUUUCAGCUUCACCACAUGCCUGACGAGAGCGUGUUAUGUACGAGGCUAUAAGGCCACCUAUUAUCCAUCACUACAAGAGGAGGCCCAAGGUCGGAACAGUAGAGGAGAAGAAUGAGACAAGAAAGGAUCUAGAAGGAUAAGAAUACAAGGAAGGAGGAGAGGACGUAAUAACCGUAUUGUCUGCGCACAUGGGUUGUCUGUGACGUGGCUAUUUGCUUUAUGCUUUCUAUAAGAGUAGUAAUGAAUAAGAGAAAUGUAUCGAGUGUGAUCAUCGAUCUUUUGUGUGAGGAGAGAGAGUACUCCUGUGUAAAAACUCUAAAACCUUUGUAUUAGCUUGUUCUCCAAGGAAUAUCUUUACAGUUU